CAUAAAAAAUAACAUGAGUUUUAUAAAACCUGGAAUACCGUGUGUCCGUGUGCAUGGUACUUUAGGAGUAUGUAGAAAUUGCCAACACGCAAUAUUCAUGCUUUUUCAAUAUUUUCAUCCUUGAUCCUAGAUUUGACCAUUCCAAGAUUUGACCAAUCUAUUCCCCUUUUCUCACUCUUUCCCCCCAAAAAAUCAAUAACAAAACCCAAGUAAAGAAAACAACACCAACUCUUCUUAAUCUUUGGUGAAACACAUCAAUUACGCUACUAUGCAGCAGUUAGGAGCCUCUUCCUUUCUCAUCCCCUUUUUUCUUCCUGCUUAAUUUCUUCCUAAUUGCUAAUUUAGGGUUUCUUAUCUUUCUCUCUCCUUUUUCGCCAUUCUCAGGAUUCGAGCUUUAUUGACUCUAUUCUCCUACAAAUCCCUAAUUUUACUCCUCUAUCGUUUUCCCAAUUCAUAUUCGAGCUUAGAUUUUCGCAGUAUUACCGCUUCAAUCCUCAACUUUCGGCUAUAUUACAUAGGGUUUGAGUAUUGAAAUUCAUUUGAAAGGUUCAAGGUUGAACUUCAAGAAGUUGUUAAAUUAUUUUAUUUUUUUGCAUAAAAUUGGAGUAUUUUUUGAGUGAUGUUGGUGUAAAUGGCAUUGAAAUUAUCGGCUGCGAAAGCAGCUGAAGUGGCGAUUGGAUCGAUUGGUCGUGGAUAUGAUAUUUCGGCCGAUCUUCGGCUUAAAUUUUGUAAAGGAGAAACAUUGGAUUCUCAUUUGAUUGUAAUUGAUGAAGAUCAUUGUCAAGAAAUUGCUUUGCCCGGUGGAAUUAGUGUACCUAAUGUACCUAAUUCUAUAAAAUGUGAUAAAGGCGAACGAACGAGGUUCAGGUCUGAUGUUCUAUCUUUUCAACAGAUGUCUGAACAGUUCAACCAAGAGAUAUCAUUAACAGGUAAAAUACCCUCUGGCCUCUUCAAUUCUAUGUUUGACUUUUCGGGAUGCUGGCAAAAGGAUGCAGCCUACACAAAAACAUUGGCUUUUGAUGGGGUUUUCAUUACCCUGUAUACUGUUGCUUUAGAGAAAAGUCAGCUAGUAUUGCGUGACCAUGUUAAACAAGCUGUCCCCUCGUCAUGGGAGCCUGCUGCACUGGCAAGGUUCAUUGAAAUAUUUGGGACACACAUUAUUGUUGGGGUAAAGAUGGGAGGAAAGGAUGUUGUAUGCGUAAAGCAACAGCACUCAUCACACCUUCAACCUGCUGAAGUGCAGAAAAAGUUAAAGGAGAUAGCCGACAAAAGGUUUUUAGAUGCAAAUGGGCAGUACGACAUGAACUCUGGUCAUAUUUUUCAGGAUGGAAAGUUUGAUGUUCGGGAACAACGUCUGAGAUUUGCUGAUAUGAGUCCUUCUUGUUCAUAUUCACACAAGGAGGAUAUUACUAACAUCUGCAAGAGGAGAGGAGGAAAUGAUAAUAGGAAUGUUCCUCAUCAUGAGUGGUUACAAACUGUACAAUCUGAGCCAGAUGUGAUUUCCAUGUCCUUUAUCCCUAUCACAUCUCUAUUGAAUGGUGUCCCUGGAAGCGGGUUCUUAAGCCAUGCAAUAAAUCUUUACUUACGCUACAAACCACCGCUUGAAGAGCUUCAUCAAUUUCUGGAGUUUCAACUACCAAGAACAUGGGCACCUGUGUUCAGUGAACUUCCCUUGGGUCCUCAACGCCGGCAACAAAACUAUGCUUCUUUACAGUUCAGUUUCAUGGGCCCAAAGCUUUAUGUGAAUACCACACCGGUUGAUGUAGGUAAGAGGCCCGUGACUGGCCUACGGCUUUAUCUUGAAGGUAGGAAAAGCAAUCGUGUGGCUAUCCACCUGCAGCAUUUGUCAUCUCUUCCUAAGAUUUUUCAAUUGAAGAAUGAUUCUGCCGGAAAUUUUUUGCAAGAACAAUAUGACCGGAGAUUUUAUGAGAAAGUUGGAUGGAAGAAUUUUUCUCAUGUAUGCACAGCACCGGUUGAGUCUGAUGAAGAUCUUUCAAUUGUAACUGGAGCCCAGCUGCAAGUUGGUGAUUAUGGGUUCAAAAAGGUACUCUUUCUUAGACUCCGUUUCUCCACAGUUCUGGGAGCCACACCAGUAAAAAACUCAGAGUGGGAUGGAUCACCAGGUUUGGGCCGCAAGUCAGGGCUCAUAUCAACCUUAAUUAGCCAACACUUCACGACUGUGGCAAAACCACUGCCACAGCCAGCUGAUGUGAAUAUCAAUUCUGCUGUUUAUCCUGGUGGUCCUCCUGUUCCAGUUCAAGCACCCAAACUUCUGAGAUUUGUUGACACCACAGAAAUGACAAGAGGACCACAAGACACUCCAGGCUAUUGGGUUGUUUCUGGUGCAAAACUCGUUGUUGAAAAGGGUAAAAUCUCACUUCGCGUGAAAUACUCAUUACUUACUCCUAUUUUACCUGACGAGGAUGAGUCGGAAUAACUGCAUAGUAGUCUCCUCAUUUCUGGAAUUGGGUUAAAAUCUCUGGAUAAAUCAUUUGAAGGAAAAUUUGUUCUGGAGUAAAUGGGUGGAGUUUUCACGAUUGCUUGUGUAAUUUUUUUUGGAUGCAAAUCACCGUGCAACAGAGUGUGAAAGGUGGUGGGCAUUAUCGGCAAUUUUUAUGGUGGUUGAUCCGUGAACUUUUGGUUAUAUCCUUUUCACUUCACCUAACGAAAAAAAAAAAAAUGUAAUUGUAAUGUAAUUUGUCAAUCUUCAUUUAUAAAAAGGAGAAAAGAGGCCAGGUAUUUGCAAUUGAAGACUUGAAGUGCUUUUGUAAAUUCUAUUGCUCUUAUUUCGUGUUUAAGGGUUAUUGUCUCAUUA